AUGCUAGGGUGGGCCAUCAAGCGUGGCCUGGAGAACGCGACGGGCGCGCCGGCGCACGAUGCUGCAAACACCACGGCAGCAGACGACACUCAGAUUGAACAGCCUGACACGCCUGCACCCGUGUUUGCCGUCCGGGCAUUAAAGACAGCCCUGUUUGGCACUCCCGCUCCUAAGGAACAAAACCGUCCCCAGAGUGUUGGUGAUGUCCCUGCCGCGGCACUGGCCAAGACCGCCAAAGCGGAAGAAAAGGGACCGAUCUCGCCAACGAAACCGGCCGGCAUUCUUCUGACCCCAGGGACCGCCACAGCGCGCCGGAAACGCGUGUCUUUCAACCAAGAUGUCCGAGGAAACGGACAGUCAGCAGGGAACAAGGGCGGAUCCCAAUCGCUAAGCGCCAACCCACGUCCCCGGACGCGUCUUUCGGAUGCCUUAGAGAAAUCACGGAAGCCCGAGCGGCGGUCUGCACCGACCGAAUCACGACCCUCGGAAGUCGAUGCAUUUGCUGCAGCUGAUGACGCGUGGGAAGAAGUGGACGAACUUGACCGGGAUCCGGAUAUGACAAUUGACCUCAAUGAGCCGCAUUCUCGUUCCGGCAGGUACUGGAAAUCAGAGUUCCAGCAGUAUCAUGCAGAUGCCAAGGUCGAGAUGGAGAAGCUGGUCAAGUACAAGCAGUUGGCCAAGUCGUAUGCCAAGAUGAAAGACGCCGAGGCCCUUGAGCUCAACCAGAAGUUGCAGGAGGAGAGAGACCGGGUGGUGGAGAUGGAGGCCCGAGUUACCGAGCUCGCUGCAAAGAUUGCCACGCAGCGCAUGAAAGGGAGCGAUAAGGACAAUCAGGAUCUGAUCAAGGAUCUCACUCAGCAGACUGCUCUGGCAGUCCAAUACCGGAACCAGGUUAAGGAACUGGACGCAUUGCUGAAGACCCGGCAGGCAGAAUCGGUGGAGGGUAUCAAAUCACGCAGACAGUCGACUUCACCGCGCACCCACAAAACGUUACUCGACACUCAGCGAGAGCUCAAAAAGGCUCGGGAACAGCUGCGAGAGCUCGGAGAUCUGCGAAAAGAGAUUCGCCAUCUGAAAUCGGACCUCAGAACCGCCCAGCAGCGGGAGCUGAAAGUCGAGACUGAGAACAAGCACAUUACCCAGGACCUCUCCAAAGCGAAGGCCAGGAUUGAAAGCCUUGAGACACGUCUGAAAGCCUCCGAAGAGGCCGGCGGUCGACACCAACAAGAAGCUGAAGACUGGAAGCGCAAGUACGAAGUGCUGAAGGAGAAUGCGAAAGCGCGAUAUGGGGAGGCCGAACAAGCCAUUCGUCGCAAGGACUCCGAGAUAUCGGAACUUAAGAAGGAAGCCGAUUCAUCAAAGAGGGCAGAUGCGGCUAGUGCCCAGAGAAGACCAAGGUCACUUGGGUCGGACGAGACAAUGGACGAGUGGGCUGCUCGACUGGAUGCGUUGACGGGGGGAAGGACCCCCAAUGAGGAAGCGCUGAAGGAAGCGGAGGGCAGCUCGCAGAGACAUGAUCUACCAGGCUCGCGUCGCCUGGCUGGUGAUUCUCGGAAGCGGAUGGAAAGCUAUGAUUUCCAGAUACGCGAGGACAAAGAUGUUGCACAUAUGAACGUGCCUGAAGAGAGCAUUGAGUUGCCUAUUCUGCGGGAGCGAAGAACUCAGCAGCAACCUUCUGCUACAGUCUCUAGCGAGAGGAGAGCAGGAAGGAAGGGGUCUGCUCUUGCCAGCGGGGUAUCGAGCCUGGAGAGCCUAUCCGCUCAUGAUGGCGCUCGCGAUCGACUGCCAUCAUUGUCUGAACGACCGACUAGGGGUUACGGAAGGAAAGAGGGCAGUCAUCCGGACCGGCUUCGUAGUGUCUUGCCUGUACACAACAUUCGGGAGCAAAGCCAGAAGCAACAGUCGAUGUCAGUUACGGCACGUGGCGAUCAUGCCAGCCGGCGACCGGUCUCAUCGGAUAGCGACGAGCCCGGAUUCGAUUUGGUCCACGGCAAAUUCGCACGUCUUGGAGGCCCCGAGACCAGCACGAACGCCGUCUGGUCAAUGAAUGCAUCGAGGAGCGCCUUGCCGGCCGACAGACGUGCUGCGGCAAUUGCGCGCAUUGAGCAGAAGAGGUCGGAACGACGAAGGCUGCAUGAGAGACAGGGUCGGAACAAGGAGAACGUAGUGGUCUAA